AUGGGGGUGCCGGUCACAUAUCAAGUCAACAACGCCUACUACACAAGUGGGUACUACUUGACUGACGGCAUCAAUCCCAAUUGGCCUGUAUUCGUGAAGAGUCCUACACAUCCGACGGAUCCGAAGGGGAAGAGGUUCAAAGUGAUGCAGGAAGCGGCUCGCAAGGAUAUUGAACGAGCCUUCGGCGUCCUUCAAGCUCGUUGGGCAAUCGUCAAAGGCCCAUCGCGUCUUUGGAGCAAGGAGGCGAUGAUCGACAUCAUGUUCACGUGCAUCAUUUUGCACAACAUGAUCAUCGAAGACGAAGGCGAGCAAGAAACACAGUGGGAAGAAGACGCCGACGAAGCUUCGAGUAGCGCCGCAUCUCAACCUCGUGCCGGUGUUCCGCCGGAUUUUCGUGCAUUUGUUGCUCGACAAGCAUCCAUGCGAGACGCGAAGAUGCAUGCUCGCCUCACUUUGGACUUGAAGGAGCACAUUUGGUCUCGUCUGGAAUACGCCAGCUCUGGGAUGCGCCAGCUCUGGAAUCGCCAGCUCUGGAAUCACCAACUCUGGAAUCGCCAGCUCGGAAGACACCAGGUCUGGAGCUUAGCUCUGCCCUGGUCUAGAGCCAGCUCUGGAGCUCAGCUCUGUCAUGUACGUCAGUCAGCUCUGGAGUUGAGCUCUGCCCUGGAAGCUUGA